AUGGGCACCAUUUUCUCCCGCUCCACUCCAAAUCUUCUCCCACAGUCCAGAGCCCAAUCCACCUCCAAUCCAACAUCAAAAUCAAGGGAUGCAGACGUCAACCUCGACUUUGGGCCGGCAUUUGUGGGACCGCUUGGCAAAGGCCUGGCGGGUGGAUGGGGCGCCGAAGAUGAGGAGGAAAGCAGUGAGGUUCAGCAGAAUCAGAUAGAUAGUAUGCUGGGGUGGAAGGCAAAAAUUGGGCAGAGUUUUGGGGAUACGGACGCGGGGAGGGUAAAGUGCUUGUAUGACCAGACCCCGCAAAAACCCACCACAACACUUCAAUCCCAUUUCCAUCUCCGCAGGAACACGCUCAAACUCGUUCGAACAUCUUCCAACACUGCAACACUCUCCUUCCAACUUGACACAACCGUUCCCUGCGUCAUCCGAAUAAAUGUUCCCGCCCAUUCACCGUACUCUUGUAUACCCAAUAGAGAUACACAUGUGAAACCAGGCUUAGAUCAGAGUCUGUCGAUCCAGUUUGGGAUGCCUGCAGAGAGUGGGGAAGAUGUGACCAUGGUUCUUGUUGUGGAGAAUGACGCAGAUUCUGAAGAUGACCGGCAGACUCAGAUAACUUUCUUGACUGUUAUGCAUCAGAAAGAGAGAAGGGAGGAGGAGGAAGGGGAGGAGGAGGGCGGAGGCGUGGCUGAAGUUAGGGUCAUUCGCCAGGACGUUGUGAUAAACUCCAUAACAUAUACCCUUCAAGAAAUAUAUGGUCUCUCCUCCAUUUCUCAGUCUGCGCCGCAGGAUGCAAGUUCGAUGGACUGCGUUAUUUGUCUUUCCGAGCCCAAGGAUGUUGUCGUCGUGCCAUGUCGGCAUUUCUGUCUAUGUAUUGGAUGUGCGGAGGCGGUUAGAAUGCAGGGGCGAAGUAGUGAUAGAGGUGUUGGAGUACCGAGGUGCCCCAUUUGUAGAACGAUCGUGCAAUCCCUCCUCCGCAUCAAACUACCAGAAAUAUACCGACCCAAUACCGCAAUGUCUCAAACCCUCUCUCGCUCCCGUUCUCGUCCUAGUACCGCCCGGCCUACAAUCCAACCUUCCAGUCCGCCACUGCCAGCAGCACCUCUCGCAUCCGUUACAGCACCACCGUUGGAGCCAACGGCGCUCACCUCACCCCCACCAUUAGAUGCCUCUCAAUCCGAUCUCCAACAUAUACAAGAAUUACCACGUCGAAAAAGUGAUAUAGAUGUGCAUAUUAUCCCGGGCGCUGUGCCUAUUGAGGAAGACUUGGACGAUAUUGAAAUGGGGGUUAUGAAUACAGAGAAGGGUUGGCGAGAUUGUACUUGAUUAUGUGUGGCCUAACAUGAGUUGCAACAACUCUUGCAGUCCUAGACAUUUGGCUACCAAUUUUUUUUUCUCGCGGAGAAUCCAAUGCCAAUUGAGGCUGUCAAAAUACGCAGUGCAUUGGGACAAGAAUGGCGUUAAGCAGAG